AUGAAUAUGAUGGGGGCCUCCUCAACCGUUUCGAACAUCUUGUACAGUUAUUUUAAUAUUAAAAGGAGCAAACUGAUUUGGACUGGAUCGCUCGAAACUCUGAAAGCGUUUGUCCUCACAGCGAUUGACGAAGAAACUGCCGAAACAACUACAUGGCGCUCGCCCAGUGGCGGUAAAUGGCUAUUUGACAGCAAGUUGUUAUCAGUUACUUGGCUAACAAAAAGCCAGAAUAUUUAUUUCGACGGUGAGAAGGGCAGUGACUUGAUGGAACGAAUACAUUCAUUUUUAAAGCAAGACCCGGACAAUGCUUCAGAAAUCGCUAAUCCUGCUAAACUUGAUCUAGAACGGUCGAUUGAAAGUUUGCUAGCUGACGAUUCUGACGAUGUCACAGAUGAUACUUUUGAAGAAUCGUUCAGUGAUCGAUGUGAUAUUGCAAAGGAAUUGAAAAACCAAGAGGAAAAACAAGCCAGUAUAGAUUCCGAAACCAGUACAAAGCACGAUGAAUCAAACACGAAGUCAAAAAAUUUGCAUGAAGAGUCCAUUGGUCUAUAUACGGUGACAAAGUCUGGCAAUCUGCAAACAAAAUCAACAAAUAGGCAUAAUCCCUUGGGAAGUAGUGCCAGCUGUAAUCGUGACUCCGCUGAGAUUAGUCGACUGAAUUCGAAACUUGACAGAUUUUCUGAAAACGUGACAAACAAAUUACAAAAUCUCAGCGUUGAGAUAAACAACAUUAAAGAGAACAAACCCUACUCUAUUUUGGUUUUAGAAAACGUAGUCAAUGAUCUAAAGGAAGAUAAGCUUGUGCUAAUUAGAAAGAACGACGAACUCAGAGAACAAAACAUGGAUAUGUCUCAUAUUAUAUCUGAAUUGAAAAUGGCAAACAAGAAUCUGGAAAGCGAAAAGAGCAGCCUGUUGACAGCUCUUAAAUUAAUACAAAAUGACCACCAACAAACGUGCACGAAAACAAUUGUGGAAAAUGACGGCGAGAAUAAUGUGGAAUUGGUUUGCGAAACAAUAGAGAAAGUGAAUUCACUCAACCAAAACCUUCAUCUAAUCAGCCCGCAAACGAUAAGCAUCUUAACACCGAAGCUAGUACUGGGAAAAAUCGUAAAAAGAAGGGAAAGAAAUCUAAGUCCAAACCUCCAACACAAAAUUCCAGCCAACAAACUGCGGAUGUAGAUACUUCUGGUGGUAUUGUGAACACCUCUAGUUCUAAAUCAACGGGGCAAGGCAAGAAAACAGUUGUUAUUGCAGGGGACUCAAUUGUUAAAAAUACUAUUGGUCCGAAAAUGAGUGCUGACGAUCCUAAUCACCAUUUUAUUGUAAAGCCGUUCCCUGGAGCAACAGUCUCAGAUAUGGAGGAUUUUGUCAAGCCAUUGACAAGAAGGACACCGGACAAGAUGAUCUUACACGUCGGAACAAAUGACCUGAGAAGUCAUUCUACGCCGAAAAUAAUAGCAGACUCCAUUGUCAACAUUGUAACACAAAUAAAAGAAGAUUCACCAGGUACAGCCGUUGGCAUUUCAGCUAUUCUGGUAAGAAAUGACAAUAAUGACCUAGCUGCUAAAGCUAUUCAAACUAAUAAUAUUCUUAAAAGCUAUUGUAGUCGCAAUAGAAUCCCCUUUUUAAGUAAUUCAAAUAUGAAUGCAAGUCACUUAAAUAUGAGGGGUCUUCAUUUAAAUAGACAAGGUAGUUUAGCUUUACAACAUAACUUACUAGGUUUUGCAAAAACUAUUUCAGAUUGACUUUAUCCUACUCAGUCCGUUAUUCCUAACUCGCGCGGGUUUAAGCUCGCGGCACUUAAUGUGAGAAGCCUAGUAAAUCAUAUUGAUGAGCUGCGAGUUUUGCUUGCUACUAGCCCGAUCGAUGUCCUAACAAUAAAUGAGACAUGGCUUAAUUCUACAAUAAGCGAUAACGAUGUAUAUAUACCUGGAUACGAAAUCAUACGUCGUGACAGGGCAUUUAGAAGUGCAGAUGGAAAAACGUAUGGAGGUGUUUGUUUUUAUGUACGCUCCAGCGUAAAUUUCAUACAGCGUAAAGACAUGUCUAUUGAUAAUUUAGAAAAUCUAUGUAUUCAAAUUCAAAAACCAAAUUCUAACCCAUUUCUCGUUGCGACAUGGUACAGGCCACCAAAUUCGAAUGUUGAUAAAUUUAAUUAUUUUGAGACAUUUAUUGACAUGCUUGAUGCUGAAAAUGUCGAGUACUAUUUAUUGGGUGACCUAAAUUGUGAUCUCGGGUCGCCUGAUUUAGAGAGUAAUUCGAGAUCAUUAAUAGGCAUCACUGAGCUCUAUGGUUUACAUCAAUUGAUAAGUGAACCAACUCGAAUUACUGAAACUUCCUCAACUAUGAUUGAUCAUAUAUUCACCAAUACACCAGAUAAAAUUGUUUGCUCCGUGUUUCUCAUGUCGGUAAUAGUGAUCACAGCUUAAUUUAUGCAUUCCGUAAGCUUUCAACCGGUCUACACAAUAAAGGCCUUUCUACAGUAAAUUAUCGAAAAUUUAAAAACUUUAACUCUGAAAGUUUUCGAAGUGAUAUUUUUUCACAGAAUUGGGACGUCAUAAGGGCGUAUAAUAAUCCGAAUGAUAUGUGGCGUGUGUGGAAAACGACCUUUAAUAACGUAGUGGAAAUGCAUGCUCCCUUUACGGACAAGGCGGGUAAGACUUUCUAAGUCGCCCUGGAUCACGCCUGAGUUAAAAAGGCAUAUGCAUGAAAGAGAUAUUUUAAAAAUCAAGGCUAUUCGAUCUAAAGAUAUUUAUGACUGGGCUGCUUUUAAGAAAGCUCGCAACUCUGUGAACAAUGAAAUUAAAUUUGCGAAGAAAGCCCAUUAUAUGAAUGCUUUUCAUGAAAACGAGAGUAAUGUGAAAAAAACUUGGGGUAUUAUUAAUGAAUUAACCUCAAGAAAUCAAAAUAAUUCACAUGUAAAAGAGAUUAAACUAAAUGGUUCUUCAGUUAGUGACCCCCCGGGGUUAUCAGAGACGUUUAACACUCAUUUUGCUAGCAUUGGACCUAAGCUUAUGGAGAAGAUACCCUGUGAUGAAAAUAACUGCUCAUAUUUAGAAUAUCUCAAUUGCCAUAUUAGUGGUAAUACUUUUGAGUUGAAGUCGACAACUUCAUCAAUGGUUUGUUCACUUUUGGACAAACUCUGUAAAUCUAAAGCAACUGGCCUAGAUAAAAUAUCUGCUAAGCUUCUUCGCUACUGUCCUGACCUACUGUCGGAAUCCCUUACCGUAAUUUUCAAUUGCUCUAUUAAUACCGGUAUCUUUCCUGAUUAUUGGAAAUGCUCAAAAGUUAUUCCAUUAUUUAAACACGGUGAGCGUAGGGACUUGAAUAAUUAUCGCCCAAUUUCGAUAAUCCCUGUUGUAGCGAAGGUUUUCGAGCGAAUUAUUUAUGAUCAAAUCUAUGCCUUUCUUACUGACAACAAUUUACUAUGUAAUAGCCAGUCAGGGUUUCGAUGUCUACAUUCAACUGUCACCGCGCUUCUUGAGUCCACCAAUAACUGGGCAUACAACAUUGACCAAGGCCGAGUUAAUGCUGUAGUUUUCCUAGAUCUUAAGAAAGCGUUUGACACAGUUAACCAUGGAAUUUUAUCAAAACUGAAUGCGUAUGGUCUUGGGGGUGCUGUGGGUAAUUGGUUUAAGUCUUAUCUAAGUGACCACAGUUAA